AUGGCACCAGCUAAGCAGUUUGAAAACAUUAAGAACAAGGAGAGUACAAGCACUGUAGGGAGACAAGUAGAAGCACACAGCAACAGUGGUAAGGAUUUGGUGGCAGCAGACAAUAAAGAUAAUGAUCAUGUUCAAGUAGCUAACAAGUUUGCAAUAUUACAAGGGAUGGAUGAAGAGGAAGAACCUAUUAAUCAAUUGGCAAUGGUGGCAGAUAAUGUAGCAACAAACAGUUCAACAAUUCAUAACCAAGAAUCUACAAAGCAAAAAACAAAAAAUAUGGUCAAUAAUGAGGGAAAGUUAAAUCCAGCAGCACAAGCUUUUCAUCUUAACUCGUCGGGGAUUAGUUCGACUAAUGGUCUAGUCAAUGGAAAGGAGGCAUCAAAAGCAAAAAACGAAACCGCACAAUGGGUAGAAAGAAGCUUCAAGGAUAAAACAGGAGAAGGAAUAGUGAAGAUCAAUAAACCUUGCAAGGAAAUUCCAUCACAACAUACAUUAGUGAACAAGGUACUUAAUAAAAAGCCAAAUUCUAAAGCAGAAGGGUCAAAAUCGUCUACAUUUAAAGAAAGAGGGCAAAAAUGUGGAGGCAGGCUAUGGGAGGCACAAAUGGAAUACGAUUCAGAGGAGAACGAAGUACCACUAGGAGCACAAGAUGAUGAGGAACCAAAUGAGAAUGAGAAAGAAGAAGAUGAGCAAAGUGUAAAUGGAGAGAUCCAUGCCAAUGACAACAAUACAACUGGUAAUUAUUUAAUAAAGGAAGGAUCAGAAAAUGUUGAGCACAUCAAUAAUUUUCAGACGACAGAAGUCACAAAAGGAAGAGGCCCAGAGGUAAAUGAUCCUGGAGGAACAGAAGAUGAUCAACUUGAGAAAUCACAAGAAGACCCACAAGGACACAACACAACAGAGAAGUUGAAACAACCAAAACAAAAAACAAAAAUACUAAAUUUUACUGUUACAUUAGAGAAAAACAAGUUUCAGCUGUUAAAAAGAGGAGAAGAGAAAGCCUUGGUCCCUAAAAAGAAUGCAUUUGGAGCUACAUCAGGAGGGAAGGAAGACAAUGAAGAAGAAGAAGAACCUGGUAAAUCAGGAUACGACAUGGAUCAAGAAUCAACUACCCAACACCUUAUGAUUGCUGCAAGGAAAGGUGACUUAUCACCUAUGCAAGUGGAAAAGGCAAAAUCAGCAGCAAAAGGUAAGAAGAAGCAACAAAAAGAUAAUUUUGCAGCACCAAAAGCUGGGGUGCACACAAGGAGAACGAUGACUAAAUCCAGCAAUCAGUGA